GCUCUCUCGGAUGAGGGCUGGCAUUGUGUACGGCAUAGGCAAAGCAAACAGUUGAGUUAGUAAGUGAGAUCUUUUCAUACUGUUUAUUAAAACGCAACAACAAACAACAAGCAAAAUACGUUGUUUAUUAUUCGAAAAAAGGAGAAAAUUAUUGAAAACGUAACGUUAUUAAUUACGACGACAUUAAAUAGCAGCCAGUUUGUGGUAAAAAGCGAUUGGCAAACAAAAUGCCAUAAAAAGUCAGUUCUUGGAAUUUUUGGUAACAUAUAUAAACGGUUUCCGAGAAUUUUACCAAUACCAGUGCCAACAAGUGCCUCCUCACAUACAACUCGCCAGGUAUUUUCUGUGGAAACGCAAGCUGCCAAAAAAAAAAUGCAAAGAGAAAUGCGAAAAACAACAAUGCGAGAACAACACUUAAUUCAUGUUGCACUCUUCUUCAUCUGUUGCUGUGCGCUAAAUGUACAGCUGGUAUGCAGCGUUAAGGGUACUCCCGGCUGGGUAAUACCAGAGCGUGUAGAGUUGCCAAUUGGCAGUGAUCUCAAUAUAAGUUGCACCAUUGACAAGGCCGAAAUUGGUGCAACCUGCAAUGCAAAACAAUUGUACUUUAAAAUGAACACCGAAUUGGGUGGCAAGGAUAUCAACUAUACAACGGAUCCAGAUAUUUGGUACAUUAAUGACACUACCAUAUUGUUUAAAGCAACCAAUUUAUCGGAACGGGAUGCCUCCUAUGUGUGUAUGUGUGGCCAAAAUGGUAUCGAUACAUCGCGUGUCUUUGUGGGCACGAAACCCGCAAAAGUAAUGAAUUUCGAAUGCACCAGCUAUGAUUGGGAUUAUAUGUUUUGUAAUUUUACAACACCUAAAAAUAGCAUUAUUACCAAAUACAAUGUGAGUUUCGAGACGCAAAGAAACUCCAGUUAUCGAUACUAUGUCGAUUGCAAUUUUGAUGCCUCGCCGAUAGUCAAUUGCAAUAUCACACAGGAAACGUAUAAAAAGUUCUCCGAAUAUUAUUAUUUUCGUUUGGAUAUUACGAAUUCGUUGGGCCACGAGACUCAGGAUAUUCCGGUAAAUAAUUAUGAACGUAUGAUUUUGGCAAAACCCGGACAGAAUCUGCAAAAGAUCAAUUAUACAAAGGAUUCGAUAUGCUUAUCGUGGGAAAUGCCCAGACGUAGUAAUUUUAUCGGCGGAGUGCUGUGGAAAGUGUUUGUAACACCGGAGAAUUUCUCCAGUAUUACGCGCCCCAUGUGGCGCAAUAAUUCCUCGGCUCUACGGAAUAUUCUCUGUCUGACGGAGUUGCCCUUUGCCGGAUACAAAUAUCUAUUGGAACUGCGGGUGCGCAACAACAAAAAUGGUUCCCGAUGGAGUCAACCAUUGAAUUAUGAGUUUCGUACCGCUUCGGAGCGUCCAGAUCGUCCGCCUAGGAUAACAAAUGGCAGUUUCUAUAUCUAUUCCUCGGAGUCACAACUCUCCAUCUAUUGGGAGCAGCUGGAGAAGCAGGAACUGAACGGCGAUAACUUCUCCUAUGUUAUCAGCGAGUAUCGAGUGAAUGGCACCAUCACCGACAGUUCGAAGAUCAAGAUGGACAUGAAUUCGGCCACAAUUGAGAACUGGAAUAAGAGUGUAAAGCACGAGCUGCUCAUCCGCAGUAGCAACAAUGUGAAUACGUCCGUGGAGGCGAGUCGUUUAAUAAUUCCGGCAAUUAGCAGUGAGGAUACACGUGUGCGUAUGCCAAAGAAAAUCCGUAGUGUCUAUCAUUCGAGCAAUUCAAGUUAUACGCUGAGUUGGAAGGCGCCCGAUAAUAGUACGGAUUUAAUCAACUAUACGGUCUUUUGGUGCAAUUCGAAACCGGCUCUACAAUCGAAAUGCAAUGGAUCGAUACAUUUUGAGAAUGUGAGCAAAGAUCGUUUGCAAUUCACGACGAAAAGUGCACAGCCGACCUCAUUAAAUAUGGCCGUAUCGGCGAAUUACGGCACUACAAAUACGGGUAUGCAUUGGAUGAGCUGUAGCCGUGAUGUCUACGAUGAUUUGGCCAAAAUGGAGCCGAGCAUUGAGGAAAUAACAAAUUCAUCGCUAUCCGUCAAAUGGAGCACGGAACGUGUCUGUCCGGCCAUUUUAAGUGGCUACAAUUUAACUUAUUGCCAUCGACCGGCCGGUAAACCGGAUAAUUGUACCACCAAAGUCUUAGAUUCAAAUGCCGUCGAUUAUACCAUACAUAAUCUGGAGCCCUAUACAUAUUAUAGUGUGAAAAUGUUUAUGUAUUCCACAUCGCGUGCCAGUAAAUAUAGCGACGAGUUGAUUAAUCGCACCGGAGAGGCGGCUCCAACACAGCCCCGUCAAUUGGAGUUCUCCAAUGUGAGCAGUUCGGGAGUAUUGCUCAGCUGGAAGCCACCACUCAAGGCCAAUGGCGUAGUCCGUGCUUAUGAAGGUACCUUUCAUCAUAACAAUAAAACCGAACACUUCAAGUUGCCCGCAUCGACGGAUGAACUGGUGGACAAUGAGAAGCGCGUCUCCUUUGAGCUGGGAAAUCUUACGGCGUACACAGACUACGAGAUCACAAUACGGGCACGCACACUCUACAGCUCCGAGCCGAGCAAUGUUAUACGCUUUCGUACAGCAGUCGGUGUGCCAUCUUCGCCGGGUCCGUUGCUGGUGGACAACACGCAGCUGAGCACGUCGCUAGAAUGGACGGCACCGCCUAUUCCGGCGGGACGAGUGGAAUACUACGAGGUGUCCAUAAUCCAGAGGGAUGCCAACAACAGUCUGAUUAGUCAAACGUCGAGCUAUAUUGGAGGCAAACAGAAUCGUAGCUGUGUGAUGCAGACACCUGUGUGUAUUCCCCUCUAUCGCUUCCAUUACCAGGUGAGAGCUGUGAAUGCGGAGUUAUUGCAGUCGGAGAACCACGAAGAGGAUGAUUCGGAGUUGGACAAAUGGAGCAGGGAGACACAACAACAACAACAACAACAGUGUGUGGCACAGCCGCCUUUAAGUGGCAUCGAAUGGAGCAUUAUUAAUUCAUAUGGAAAUGAGUCGCGAUAUCGCCUACACAAAUCCAACUGGGCUAUUCACGAGGUCAGUUGCUCCCCGGAUCGGAGUAGCACACAAUUGUUGAUCAGCAGUGCGGAAUUAAUAGUGGCUGCCAUAAUUAUCGCCGCUGCCUGUCACAUGGCCUACAAGAAACUGCAAAAAAUGUCGGAUAUUGAUUUGGAAUUGCCAUCCGGAUUGAAGGAGACACUGAAGAAACCACUGGAGUUGGAUAUGCCAGCGAGUGGAGGAAUUGUCUGCACUCGUCUCGAUCCGAUGCCACAGUAUAUGCCACAAUAUGCGCCACAGGAGGAUAUGAUGCCACACGAUUUCAGUGGCAGUGGCAACGAAAGCUCCAAAUUGCUAUUGGCCAACAAUUCCGGCAGCAAUUGUUGUGCGGAUGAGGAGCAUACACAAAUGGGCAAUACGUUAUCGCUGCCUUUGGGUGUGCCUGUUAGCUAUAUGCCCAUGCGACAGGAUCUGCUGCAGGAUCAUGAGGAGCAACAGGCGCAUAAUGGCAAUCAGAAUUACAUAAAGCCUACACAGCUGAAACAAUGGUCCGCCAAUCCGAAUAAUCCAAAUAACCCUGGCAAUGCCAAUGCCAAUCCCUCCCUGGCAUUGCCCCUGAGUGGGUAUGUGCCUGUUCAGGUGCUGCAGGCGCGUCCUAUGCCUCCAGUGCCCUCUUCUAAUGUUCCUGUUAAUGCUCCUGCUUCCGCUCCUGUUUCCGCUCCGCCUCUGUCGCUGCUCAACUCCAGCAACUAUGUGCAGGCUGCGGAUCUGCACAAGCUGCCAGCAACAGUUACUGCUGGUGCUCCAACAACAACGGCAGCAACAGCUGCUCCUCCUACCAAUAGUUUUGGUUAUACGGCCAUGGAGCAACUGAUAAAACCGUCAACAGUCUUGCCAAAUUAUACGCAACCAAUUGGACAGACGGCAACAACGCAGCACAGAAUGCAGCCCAAUAUUGGUGGCUAUGUGACGCCGCAGGAUUUGAAUGCCAUUGCCCAUAAUCGACAUAUGCUGUAAGGAAUUCCAUGGGGAAUCCUUGGUGAAUCCGUGAGGAAUACUUGGUGAAUCCGCGAAGAAUACUAAAGGAAUUCCUUGAAGAAUUCGCAUGGAAUCCUCAAGGAAUUCACCACUGCAAAUGGCACUUAUAAAUUACAUUACACACGCACAUGACAUUUCAUCAAUGUAUUCACACACAAUCGCACACUCAUACUCUCUUUGUAAUUUGUACCUAUUAAUUUAUAUUAAUUAAUGCGGCAAUUUGUGGAUUGCAUGUGGAUUGUGUAUACUCUAAGUACUUUAUAUACUACUAUACAUAUUUUUUUUUUCGUUUGUCGCGCUUAUUUUAAUGCUCUAGUAUUGUUUACACUUACACACACAGGCCUACCACAUACCUAACUAUCCCUAUAACUAUAGCUUAACUUACAUUAUAUGUAACAAAAAAAAAAAAAGCAAAACAAAAAAGAGAAAAAAUUAUACAAACACACAUAUUUUACCCAAAUAAAAUGGGUAAAUAAUGUUGAUGACACAAGCUCUGAUUAAGCAUACAAAUAUACAUAUAUAUAUUAAUUA